GUGCAGAAGUCCUGCUAGUCUGGUCCUUGUUCCUGUCUGGGUACCAGCUUUCUUCUGCAGCGCGACAGCGGGUCCUGAGACCGGGGAAGGAGAGUAGUUGGCCGGAAUUUUGCAGAUCUGCAAGUCUGUUGUUCAGUGCGCUACCCAACUAGAAUAUACUAAGAAGAAGCUGACCGAAUCCGUACAGAAGUAAUUAUAUUCAAAGAGGAACAAGCAGAAAAAAACGAAGAGAAAAAGGAAAGGAAGGAAGAGGACAGACACAAGAUGAAACCCUGUCAAAAAAUGGAAGGAAAACCAGAAAAUGAGAGUGAGCCAAAUCUUGAGGAAGAGCCCAAGUCUGAGGAAAAGCCAGAGGAGGAGGAAGAGCCAGAGGAGGAGGAAAAAACAGAAGGAACUUUUAGAGAAAGGCUGAUUCAGUCUCUCCAGGAAUUUAAAGAAGAUAUACACAACAGGCAUUUAAGCAAGGAUGAUAUGUUUAGAGAAGUGAAUGAAUUAGAUGAGAUAAGGAGAGUAAGAAACAAACUUAUAGUGAUGCGUUGGAAGGUUAAUCGAAACCAUCCUUACCCUUAUUUAAUGUAGCUUACCUUGAUUUUUAUUUUUUCUGAUAUUAACAUUGCCAUAUAGCUUCCUUGUUAUUUACAUUUUCCUGAUAAACCUUGUCCAUUUUUCUACUUUUAAUUUGUUGCUAUUAGGUUUUAGAUGAAGCUCUUGUUUCUGCAUCUCAUUAUCAUAUUUUGAACCAAUCUCCAAGUUUCUGCAUCUUAAUAGGAGAGAGAGCUUGACUCAUUUAUACAAAAGGGGGUUUCUGACAGGAUACAAAAUGAAAAAAUGUUAGUAAGGAAUAUGUGAAUAUCAUAUUUUUAAAAGGGAAGAAUACAUUUGUAUAUACAUAUGCACAGAAAAACAUGUGAGGGAUGAAAGACAAAAAAGAUCACUAAGUGGUAGGAUUAUGAGUGAUUUUUAAAACUCUGCUUACUUGUAUUUUCCCUUAUUCCUAAAAUAUACAUGUAUUGUUAAAAUAAUAAAAGUUAAAAAAAAUAAUAAAAGUUUUAUAACAAAA